AUACCCUUCGUGCAUUCUUAACUCUUGAAUUUGCAGAAACCAUAUAAAUUAAAUUCCUUUCGCUGAUUCUUGAAAUCAAAAAAUCAAAAACACCAUGGAAGAUAGUUUCAGAGUGAGAGUAGAGAAAGCUUUCGGUUCUCUUCCAAUACCUUCUUCUGCUUCUCUUUGGUCUCUCUCGGAAGACGAAAUCAACAACAACGACCGACCUAAACCUAAACCCAAACCCAAACCCGAAUCCGAACCAAAACCCUACCCAACUUCUUCCGGUGUCAAAAUUGAGCUUGAGAAUGAGAACGAUCUCGACGAAGAUGAAAACGCCGCUGGUCCAUCUAAACCGUCCGAUUACAAUGAUGAACAGUGGGAAAUUAGGUCUUCUAUUGGCCUCGAUCCUACUCUUGAUUUUGAGGAUGAGGAAGAUCAUUAUGACAAACAGGCUCUUGGCAAAGAGAACACAGGGGAUCGUUUGUAUAUGAGGGAAAUAAAUGAAGAUGGAAUUGGGAUAAGUUCUCGUGUGUUUGGAGGUUUUUCGAGAGACCCACGAGCUAAUCACAUGGCUGCUAGGAUUAAGCUGAAGCAAGAUGAUGAAGCAGCUAAAACAAUUGAUACUUUGCAUGUCUCUGAGAAAUCUACACUCGACAUUGCUGGUAGUGGGGCUGAUGCUGUUAACCCAAAAUCAAUUUUGAAGAGUAAAGAUAAUCCUUCAGAGUCUAGGCCCAAUAAACGUGUUCGGUUUGAUUCUGAAUGUGAUGAUAGAGAUGGUAAUGAUGAUGAUGCUGCUGAUGAUGGUGAUGAGAAGGAAGGAACCAGGGAUGUUCGCAUGAAGACCUCUUCAAUGGAAGAGGAUGCAGCUUUAAACCAGCCAUCAAAGUUGCAGGAAUUUGUCUCAGCAGUUCCUGAUUAUAUUCGAAAUCCUUCAAGAUACACACAUUAUACAUUUGAUUCUUCAACCGACAUGGAUGACAAAGCAAAUAAAGAGGCAUACAUGAGCUUCCUUGCACAGAUAAAAGCUUCAAAAGCAUCAUCACAGACAGAUGAACCUUUGGAUGAUCUUCCAUCAGUUACCUUUAUACCAAAGAAGAAAUCUGGUGAUGUCACUAUGGGAGAGAACAAAACAGCGUCAAAGCUAAAGAUUGAUGUUGGCAAGGAGGGCGCGAAUAAAAAAGCCUUCCCUGUUAGUAUAGUGGCAGAUGAAGACACCGAAAACAGUGAUGUAUGUGCAAUGGAGGAGGAUGAACAGGAAGUCAUUGAGGAUACUAAAAAAACCUCUGAGAAGUCGAUCCGCAAGUACAGGAAGAAAACCGAGGAUGAUUUGGAGGAGCCUGCUAUGUAACUGUUGAUUGAGUUCCUAGAUUUGUAGCAUGUUUGGAAUUGUUCCAGACUCAUAGCUCACCUGCCACCGUGAGAUUCUCGCCUCGCCAAAGUGUAGUUUCCAACUUGCUUAUGGGACUCUGGUUUCCUUCAUUUCCUUCAUUUCCAAGGGCUUGCAUAAUUUGCUAUAAUUGGACUUCUCUAGUUUUUUCCCCCUCAAACUUUUGUGGAAAGACAUCAUGUGCCUGGAUUUCAACUGGGAAAGUUAUGUAGUUUCUGUAACUGCUGUAGGUGUAAACUUAAAAUUAACCAAUCUAGCAUAAUCAUUUGAGCGAAGAUUUUGGAAUUUAGAUAUUGUUUAAGUUUGUUUAAGUAACACAUGGUAGACAAGUUACUUUUGUGCUGAUGGCCAUUUUCAUCUGGUUUAUCUUAUAAUAGAUUUAAAAGCAUAUUUUCUGUGUAAAUUAUUGUUGCGUUAAAAUUUGGCGAUUUCAUGUCUUA